CCGAUGUCCCUUUUGCCCUCUCCAUCGCCUCGCCACAGAACCUGUGUCUGUAUAGUGGACAUAUAAACAGCCUCCAAGCCGUCGAAGCACAGAGCGAGCUACGGCGUACCGAUGAAGACGACAGGAGGAGGCAGCGGACAACCAGCCAUGUCCGGACUUGUGUUCUUCCUCUUCCUCUUUUCCCUCUUCACUGCCUCUGCCUCGACGACCAAGCAAAGCCAGGUCUAUAUAGUGUAUCUGGGCGAGCAUGCCGGAGCCAAGUCGAAGGGAACCGUCCUUGAUGAUCACCAUGCCCUCCUCCUCUCCGUCAAGGGCAGCGAGGUGGAGGCACGGGCGUCGCUGCUGUACAGCUACAAGCACAGCCUGAAUGGCUUCGCGGCCCUUCUCUCGGACGACCAAGCCACAAAGCUUUCAGAGAGGACUGAGGUAGUGUCUGCCUUUCGGAGCGACGGGAAGUGGUCCCCCCACACCACGAGGUCUUGGGAGUUUGUGGGCUUGGAGGAAGGGCUCAGCAAGGGCUGGCUGCCGUCUGGCGCUCACGCCGGCGAGAAUGUCAUCGUAGGCACGCUGGACUCCGGGAUCUGGCCGGAGUCGAGGAGCUUCGGCGACGAAGGGCUAGGGCCAGUGCCCGCGCGGUGGAAGGGAGUGUGUCAAGGAGGAGAUUCCUUCAAUUCCUCCUCCUGCAACAGGUCAGCUGUGUGGCAAGCUUUUUGUUGGUAUAAUCAGCUAUUAGUAGUGUAUUCGUGCGCACUGCAUCGUGCAUUUUGGUAUCGUUGGAAGAUUGGUUGGUCGGUUUGUUCGGGCUAGUAUAUACUAGAUCGGUAUCGCGCCUUGGCGCGAGGGUGCCGGUCCCGACGUUUUUCUCAAGCAGGGAUAACGAAAAAAAUAUUCACAUAUAAUAGGAGCAAGAGAUCAUCAAUGGAUACCGAAUGAUAGUACCAACACAUCUCCAUAGCGACCAGAACUAUAGUAAACAUAUUUAAAGGAUGCAAAUGUUCGUACAUGGUAAAUUAAAGAAUGCAAUGUUGGUACAAGGUAGAUAUUGAGUACAAAAGGAUGGAUAGACGUGCCAAAGAGGCCGUGUUCACAAAAGAAGAGGGAGAUCACACGGUAGUUUACACGGUACAUCACAAGAGCUGGUGGCAUCAUGUAUCAUCGGGUACUUGCCAGAAGUUAGAAUAGGUGAUCGGUGACGUCCAUCGAUGAUCAAAGCCAUGGCCUUGGUGUGAAGAAAACAAUUGGUGCAAACACCUCAUGCUCUUGUGCCUGAGACGCCAAAUGAUUAGAUAGGCAUAAUAUAUUUGGAAACAGAAUGUGCCAGGCCUGCGAGCUCAAAAAUAAGAAUAACACGAUAAGUAAAAAUUCAACAGUAGCAUAAGCUAAUCUGCAAGUUGGUGAUAUUUAGAUUGGUAAAUAGAUUCAUUAGGUGAGUAUUCGUACUAAAUAAAAAUAAAUGCCACAACUAAAUCACAAUCAAUAGAUCUGGAGUAUUCUCUCCGAAAAGGGUAUUCACUAGUACAAAACAGGGCUUUCGUCACAGGGCAAUAUUCACAUUAGUCCCGGUUCAGUCACGAAC